ACAGCGUGACAGACAUACACACAUGAAGUAAGUGACAAUAGCUCAUAAGUCUGUGUGUGGGUCAGUUUCACCAACUGUCACGAAGUUACAGACAAUGUACAGUAGCCACGGUAACCGGUUUAAACCUGGAGCCAAACCAAGGUUCACGAGUGGGCGUGUCAAGUUUGCGUCACUCUAACUUACUACUCUCCCCAUUCAUAAGCUGCGGUACACAUAUCACAGACAUACUUCUGCAAGCAACGACCGACCAGUGAAAUUGUCCGAGCGUUUAUCUCACGCAGAGGACGGUAAAACCAACUCGUGUGUCGAUUCUUUAGCUGUUUGUGGUGCUGUUUAUAAACGAACGAUGGCACAGGAGGAUAAAGCGAAGUUUACAGGUGUGUUCCGGAAGGCCGACAAGAACAACGAUGGGGAAGUAACGCCGGGGGAGCUUAAGAGAAUGGUCAUCAAUGAGUUUGGCGAAGAUAUUUCCGACAGGGAUUUGGCGGAUAUGUUCUGCUGUCUGGACAGAAACGGAGAUAACAAAGUCACCUUAGAGGAGUUCUUAGGAGAAAUGAUGAAGAAACCCAGAAGGGCAGAAUUCCGGAAAGCGUUUGAUGACAUUGACAAAGACCACAGCGGAAGUCUCAGUACGGACGAGGUCCGACAGCUGGUGAAAAGCCGUGGCUGCAGUGACGCCGAUAUCGACAAAAUGUUUGCCAAGGUUGAUACAAAUGACGACGGAAUCAUCAGCCUAGACGAGUUUAUGGCCAUGGUCGUUCUAUCACAUAAUGGACAGAAUCACUCCUCAUCAAAGGCGCAGGGCUUGGACAGGCGGGAGGGAGGGUGGAGUUUUCUUCUGUUUGUGGUGCUGUCUGUAUACGUACGAACGAUGGCACAGGAGGAUAAAGCGAAGUUUACAGGCGUGUUCCGGAAGGCCGACAAGAACAACGAUGGGGAAGUAACGCCGGGGGAGCUUAAGAGAAUGGUCAUCAUUGAGUUUGGCCAAGAUAUUUCCGACAGGGAUUUGGUGGAUAUGUUCUGCUGUCUGGACAAAAACGGAGACGGCAAAGUCACCUUGGAUGAGUUCUUAGGAGAAAUGUUGAAGAAACCCAGAAGGGCAGAAUUCCGGAAAGCGUUUGAUGACAUUGACAAAGACCACAGCGGAAGUAUCAGUAAGGACGAGGUCCGACAGCUGGUGAAAAGCCGUGGGUGUAGUGACGCCGAUAUCGACAAAAUGUUUGCCAAAGUUGAUACGAACGACGACGGAAUCAUCAGCCUAGACGAGUUUAUGGCCAUGGUGUAAAACAACCGUGAUCUUAUGAGUAAUGUCUACUAUAUAACUAACUUUAUCCCAGUUCCUCUGUAAUUCCAAUGUGACAAAUGUGACUGUUAAUUUUACAGGAAAUUUUAUUGCAUUCAAAAAUACAAAUUCAAUAGCAGACUUGUUACAUUCGCUAUAAAUCGUUGCUACAUAUGUAAAUACAAGUAACAGAGAACAUAGAGCAUUAGAAUGAAUUUGUUAAUGACGUGAAAUAUUUGUCCAUUAUUCACGGCUGCUGUAAAGCUGCUGUAUACUGCAGCAAUCGGGAACGGUCGGCACUUUCCGUAAGUUAAACGAGUAUUUGAAAAUGUCCAACAGGUCCCGAUUGAUGAUUUAGAUUUGCAGCUGUUUUCUCAUUUCGCUUCCCAAGUUCAUAUCACUAACUAGCACUACUUCAACUUAUAUUUUCACAUUUUGCAUUUUUAUAUAAGCAUUCUAAUACACGUACAUUUUAUAAUUGAUCAUAUUAUUCAAAGUAGUCAUAACAUUAGACAUGCAUUUCAAGAUGACUGAGAAUGCCUGAUGACAUUUUCACAGGUAAUGACGUCAUAUAUGAAGUCACUUGUACAUCCAAUCAUUGUUAUUUGACAUUUCUUUUUAUUUAUGUCUCUUCGCCAAAUAUUAUUUUGAUAGGAUUUGUAUAAUCUAAUUAUAAUAUAAAAUUAACAUUGUAGUUGCGUUUAUUCAGGCCCUAAAA